GCCUGCGUUAUCAAUCGCUGGACGCGAGCAGCACAAGCCAUGAAGAGACGUCGUCUCCUUGAGACACAAUGAUCGAGCCGGCCGGCGAGGCUAUGGCCAAGCUGAAGUUCAUCGUCCUGGCGGAGCUGGCUCUGCUCUUCUGUGUUCUAGUGUUUCUGUUCUACAGGACCAGAUCCCAGGGGACGCUGUUAGAGGGUUACGAGGUCAGGUCGACAACAGGAGUCGGCGAUAACCUGUGGAAAGCCGUGGGCGUUAACGUGGAGUCCAGGCGUUACAUUGACGUCAGCGGCGGAGGCGAGAUUCUGGACGAUGUUCAGGCUUACCGCUCAAAUCUUUUGAUUCGAAAUCAAUUUGAUGACGUCGAUCUGAAGGUAGAGCCCAUCAAACUGAACAUCAACAAAUCGGAUGUCAUGGUGGUGCUACACAUACAGAAAACUGGAGGCACAACGUUCGAAACCUACCUCGUCCGCCACACCAACGUGAAACCACCCUGUCAUUGCACUAAAAUGGUCUCUAACUAUAAAAGAGAUGUUUGCACCUGUCUUAACGACAAAGGCCAGGACUGGAUGAUCAACAGACACGCCACAGGCUGGGUAUGUGGUGUCCACGCAGACUUCACAGAGCUGACCGACUGUGUCGACACUUGGUUUAACAGCCAGGACAAUGAGCACCGGGAAAGAAGAUACCAUUACGUCACACUGAUUCGUGACCCAGUGAUACGGUUUAUCAGCGAAUGGCUUCACGUUAGGAGGGGAGCAACAUGGAAAGAGUGCCGCCUUCACUGCGACGGCAGAGACGCCUCAUUGGCAGAGGUCCCUUUUUGUUUCGAUCACGGAACUUGGGCUGGAGUCUCGUUCGAGGAAUUCAUCAAUUGCUCAAGUAACAUGGCGUUCAACCGGCAGACGAGGAUGUUAGCCAAUCUAAGUCUCUCUGACUGCUACAGACUCAACUCAACAAAAACCCAGAAAGAACGUGAUGAGAUUAUGUUGCAGAGUGCCAAACAAAAUCUGAUGAAAUCUUUCAAGUUCUUCUCGCCUCUGGAAUACAUUGAGGAAGGACAACUCCUGUUUGAGCAAACGUUCCUGGGUUUCUCCUUCACCAGGAAGAUGACGUGCAAGAAGUAUUCAGCAGCCACCAACUACGCUGUGCUGUCAGAGAAACACUGGGACCUGGUUGUGGAGAGGAACCUCCUGGACAUCAGGCUCUACCAGUUUGCUAAAGAUUUGUUUCUUCAGAGACUUGCCAGGAUGAACAUACCAGUGCAGCCCAGGAACCACGAGUCCAAAAUUGUCCCAGCUGGCCUGAAAUACUCCGUUGUUACAUUGUAAUCUUUUUUUAAUUUUACGUUUCACACACAGGGUGCAAAUGAAGUUCUCUGUGGUCGAUAAGAACACAAAAUGCAAAUUGACUCAUAGAGCUAGCCCAUCUAUCUCAUUAUGUUUGGUCUUCAUAAGGCUAAUCCAUCUGUCUCAUUAAGUUUGGUCUUCAUAGAGCUCAUCGAACUGUCUCAUUAAGUUUGGUCUUCAAAGAGCUCAUCGAACUGUCUCAUUAAGUUUGGUCUUCAAAGAGCUCAUCGAACUGUCUCAUUAAGUUUGGUCUUCAAAGAGCUCGUCGAACUGUCUCAUUAAGUUUGGUCUUCAAAGAGCUCGUCGAACUAGCUCAUUAAGUUUGGUCUUCAAAGAGCUCGUCGAACUGUCUCAUUAAGUUUGGUCUUCAAAGAGCUCGUCGAACUGUCUCUUUAAGUUUGGUCUUCAAAGAGCUCGUCGAACUGUCUCUUUAAGUUUGGUCUUCAAAGAGCUCGUCGAACUGUCUCAUUAAGUUUGGUCUUCAAAGAGCUCUUCGAACUGUCUCUUUAAGUUUGGUCUUCAAAGAGCUCGUCGAACUGUCUCAUUAAGUUUGGUCUUCAAAGAGCUCGUCGAACUGUCUCAUUAAGUUCUAUACAACCAGGCUUGACUUAACAUUUUAACGCAAAUUGACUCAUAGAGCUAGCCCAUCUAUCUCAUUAUGUUUGGUCUUCAUAAGGCUAAUCCAUCUGUCUCAUUAAGUUUGGUCUUCAAAGAGCUCAUCGAACUGUCUCAUUAAGUUUGGUCUUCAAAGAGCUCAUCGAACUGUCUCAUUAAGUUUGGUCUUCAAAGAGCUCGUCGAACUGUCUCUUUAAGUUUGGUCUUCAAAGAGCUCGUCGAACUAGCUCAUUAAGUUUGGUCUUCAAAGAGCUCGUCGAACUGUCUCAUUAAGUUUGGUCUUCAAAGAGCUCGUCGAACUGUCUCAUUAAGUUUGGUCUUCAAAGAGCUCGUCGAACUGUCUCUUUAAGUUUGGUCUUCAAAGAGCUUGUCGAACUGUCUCAUUAAGUUUGGUCUUCAAAGAGCUCGUCGAACUGUCUCUUUAAGUUUGGUCUUCAAAGAGCUCGUCGAACUGUCUCUUUAAGUUUGGUCUUCAAAGAGCUCGUCGAACUGUCUCAUUAAGUUUGGUCUUCAAAGAGCUCGUCGAACUGUCUCUUUAAGUUUGGUCUUCAAAGAGCUCGUCGAACUGUCUCAUUAAGUUUGGUCUUCAAAGAGCUCGUGGAACUGUCUCAUUAAGUUCUAUACAACCAGGCUUGACUUAACAUUUUAACGCAUCAUGCCGACCUUAGCGCAUAAUUCUAUUGAUCUAUCUUCCUCUACUGAGCUCUACUGACCUUUUCUUGUAUAGACCUCAUUGACCUUUCCUAUAUCAAUAUUAUCAACCUCAACUACCCCGGUCACUGCAUUAAGGCGAUGGACAUAUAAAGUACAUUAUGAAUUAUAUAUGAUUAUAUAUAUAUGUAUAUGUAUUUAUAUACACUAAAACCGUAUGAUGUAUUAACGAAGAAUCCCAUUGUCUGGUUUGUUUCGUUUUAUUAUUAAAUUGUUAAGUUUUUCAUUAGAUAUUUUUUUUUCGGGGUUUCAAGGACAAAGGCAUUUAGUUCUGUUGUAUCGUAUCAUGUUGAGAUCGCAAUAGGAUUUCCUGUAACAUUCUUAAGUCAAAUCAGAUUUUUAAGCGAUAUAACUCUGAUGAACGAAACCAGAUUUAAAAUAAAUGUGGUCGUCCAAGGACUUGGUUUGCAUCGAGAAUGUCAACGAAUGACGCCAUGGCCCAUCUCAAUAACUCACAAGCUUGAACAUUUUAAAUUUACUUUUAUUUAGAAUUCAUUUUCACAUCUUUGUUGCUGUUAAUGUUUUAUUUUCACUUUGUUUAAUGUACUUUGAACAUUUCUGUAGUAGGCUCUUAUUUAAACUUAUAGUCCACUGCGUCCUCCAGAACAAGGGGAAAGUAUAGCGACUACCAUCUCCAGUCUUAGUAAUGUAAUAAAGUUACGCUGUUUGUUUGUUUUUUACAAAGUUAAUAUAAACUCACUCUAUCUGUU